AAUGGCCUUGGAUGAACAACAGAAACUUCUUAGUGCAGGAAGACCACAGUUGUCAGUCACCAUAGUAGAUGUAUCUCCAUCUUCGCCUCAGCCUAGUCCUCUGUCAGUUAGUCUCUUGGAAACAUCCUUGGAUACCGGCAAUGCACCCACGCCUUGUUGUCUGCAUCCAGCUUCAUCUCUUCUUCUGGAGAGUCCACCAAAAUGGGGACGCGCCGCCCGUUACGCGCUGCAUCAGCAUCGAAAGAUAGCAGGAAAGGCUACUUUUCAAGGUCAGGUUUACAAUUUUCUGGAGAGACCAGAUAAUUGGAAAUGUUUUGUAUAUCACUUUAUAGUCGUAUACGGAGCUAUUCUAUUUCAAAUGGAGGAGAAUCAACAUAUAAUAUGACCAUGUCAGCGCCAGGAGAAUAUCCUGCGGUCAUUUACAUUCAAUCAGUAAUGCCAGG